CGAGAAGCUGCCUUGCCGAUUUCCCAGCCGCUCACCUCACGCUCGUUCUUCUGCGCUCUUUUUUGUCAUCGCAAAAGAUUGAUUUAUUGUGUAUUCAAGAAUCAAGGCUGGUAUCAUCGUCAUAAUGGCGGAUGCGAAUACUAAGGAUGAUAAAGAUGCCCUCGAUGCCCUCGAGCUCGAGGCCAAGGAAUUUGACAAGGAUGCCGAAAUUGACCGGAUCCUCAAGGCAUUUCGCCUCGAUGCAUAUGCCGUCCUAGACCUGCAGCCCGGCGUCCCGGAAUCAGACAUCAAAAUGACAUACCGCAAGAAAUCUCUCCUCAUCCACCCCGACAAAACCAAGAACCCGCGCGCGCCCGACGCCUUCGACCGCCUGAAGAAGGCCCAGACAGAGCUCAUGGACGAGAAACACCGCGAGCGCCUCGACGAAGCCAUCGCCGACGCCCGCAUGCUGCUCAUCAGGGAGAACAAGUGGACCGUCGACAGCCCCGAGCUCAAGACGGACGAGUUCGCCAAGAAGUGGCGCGACAAGGCGCGCGAGGUCCUCAUCGACAACGAGCACCGCAGGAGGCGCCAGAUGAAGGCCCAGCUGCAGGAGGAGGGCAGGGAACAGCGCCGGCAGGACGAGGAGGUUGAGGAUCGCAAGCGCAAGAGGCAGCACGAGCAGGACUGGGAGGCGACGCGGGACGUCAGGAUUAAUAGCUGGCGACAGUUUCAAAAGGGCAAGUCGGGCGGCGACUCAGACAAGAAGAAGAAGAAGAAGCUUAAGCCGAUUGGUUGAGGGAAGAUGGGUGAGGAAAUAUACUAAAUGAAAGGAAUGUUCAGAGCUUUUCCCUUUUCCCGCCCUUUCGCUCUUAUGGAGAGAGGGAGGGAGAGAGAGGGGACAUGGAGUUAAAGGGUUUUGGUUGGAGGAUAUCAUCUUUCCUUGUGAGUCGCUUGAGUUUAAUGAAGGUUUUACGUCUGACAAUGGUAGCCAAGCAUACACCAUCGGCACAAACAGGUCUCAGCAGAAUCUCGCUGCCUCGACAAUGAUUUGGAUCAUGGUGAGCAUGGUUCUGGCACAGAUAUAGAAAGAUGGGAUCACAGAAUAUGCAAUUUUCUACAGGACUGAUGAAUAUGGUUGUAAACUACUACUACAACCAUAUUCAAGUCAAGUCUUAGAACACGAGCACAUAGAAACUACAUAGGUAGCAAGCAGCGCCAUAUAUAUCAAAGAGGGGAGAUUGGCCUCCGCGAAAUCGCGUCUCUUCGUCCCCCUCUCCCCCUUUCUUUUU